AUGAAUAGUGAUAUAAGUAACUCAACAGGAAGUGUUGGUAGACGUUUUACUGAAGUGUGGGAACAUGUUACUAAAGGGAGAGAAAUUUCUCGUGGUCAUUAUGAAGGAACUUGUAAUUACUGUGAACAAUAUUGUUUGUAA